UUGAUUAUGAGACCGAUGACAACAUGGUCUUCCAAUACUUUGUCUUGCGGGACUACGGAAGUUUGUUUGGGCCACCGUUGACAAUGACCUUUUUUUGUGACUCUGAAGAGGCUGCCUAUAGGGAGCUGGACCGGAUGCUAGUGAUACGGGCAGCACAGGUCGGGCGAGGGACGCCAACGACAAAAGAGGAGAGGCCGUAGAUAUUUGGUGGUCCGAGAGGGGAGUAUAAGCGACUCUUGGCUGCAGUUUCGGGUGCGCUUGCGGCAAGUCAGCCUGCUGCUUAAUCCACUGGAUCUUAGGUGGAGUAGGAUGAAGACGAGGAGGCACAGGCGACGCAAUUUUUCGAUGC